UUUCUGGUUCAUCAAUGUUCUUUUCAUUUUUGUAAUUGUUUGUUGAAACUGUAUGGCUCGUUCAUAGUUUUUUUUGUAACCGAAAUAUGAAUGUUUAAAAAUAUAUUUACUGACUACUGUUCACUAUUUUUUUUAUACUAAAGAUAUACAUAUAUCUACAAGAGGAUCUGCACUCGAAAAUAAUGCAAUUUCAGCUUGCAAACACUGCACGGAUCAAAUGUAAGGAAAGUAACGAAGAUGGUAUCUUACUUUGGAUUAUCUACUUUUUUCUUCGCAUAUUACUUGCAGAGCCGGCCUUAAAGGAAAGCUAACGAAGCUUGUGCUUGCGGCCGCCAUAUAUUAUCAUUUUAAACAGCUUGAUGUUGUAAACAUCCACGGUCAUGGGUUCGAGUGACUCUGGCAACAUUUAUUAAAUUGCCUUCUAGCCACAUAUGUACUAGAACCGGCUCUGAUUACUUGACUUACCAGUCUUAUCUAAUCUUUUCUACUUUUACCAAGUCAUUAUUGUUUUGACAACCCUCAAAAUAUAUGGAUCAUUGUCCAAAAUAGUUGACUUGUAAUUUUGAAAUAAUAAUAAAGUUGUUAAGAAUGGAUAAGGAAGACAAUAAAAGGUAAAACAGCCAUGGACACAUUAUACUUCUAAUUUUAACGUGAGAAUAAGAUUAUUUUACGGAUCAUUAAGAUUAUCUUCAAAGUUCAAAGCAUUAUGUAUUUUUCCUCCUUACUCUUCUUUAUAAACAUCGCAUCAAAAUAUAUUUCUCUUCAUCACAGAGUUUCCUCUCGCAUAAUAAAUUUAUUAACAAAUCAAAUAAAACAAAAUAAAUCGGUGAUCAUAGAUUUUGAUGCACAAAUGAGUGCUUCAAAGAUUGUUUCUUUGUUACUAUUGCUUGUAUUAAUCAAUAUAAGCAGUAAUGAUAUCAAUGGCGUCAAUGCAUUUCACAAAGUUAUCAAGAAAAUGCAAUCUAAAUCAACAUCGUUAGAGGUAGUGAGCCAUCUUCACAGAACCGGGUUUCACUUUCAACCUCCACGCCAUUGGAUUAACGAUCCAAAUGGUCCGAUGGUGUACAAGGGAGUCUACCAUCUUUUCUACCAAUACAAUCCCAAAGGUGCGGUUUGGGGUAACAUUGUGUGGGCUCAUUCAGUUUCUAACGACUUGAUCAAUUGGGAAGCUCUUGAACCGGCUAUUUACCCCUCCAAAUGGUUUGAUAUCAAUGGUACAUGGUCCGGUUCAGCCACCAACGUACCGGGAAAAGGACCGGUUAUCCUCUACACUGGUAUCACUGAGAACCAUACUCAGAUCCAAAACUAUGCCAUUCCCCAAGACCUUUCCGACCCAUACCUCAAGAAAUGGAUCAAGCCCGACGAUAACCCUAUCGUAAGACCCGACCAUGGCGAGAAUGGAUCCGCUUUCCGUGACCCGACAACUGCUUGGUUCAACAAAAAAGAUGGGUACUGGAGAAUGCUUGUGGGCUCAAAGAACAAGCGUAGAGGAAUUGCUUAUAUGUACAAAAGUCGUGACUUCAAGAAAUGGGUCAAAACUAGACGUCCCGUACACACUAGAAAAGCAACCGGUAUGUGGGAAUGUCCCGACUUUUUCCCGGUUUCCAUUGGCAAGAAAACCGGUUUAGACACCAGCUAUGACGGUCCAAACACCAAGCAUGUGUUGAAGGUUAGCUUGGACCUGACCAGGUACGAGUACUACACUCUUGGAACGUAUGAUACUAAGAAGGAUCGUUACAAGCCUGAUGGUACCAGUCCUGAUGGUUGGGAUGGUUUGAGACUAGAUUAUGGUAACUUCUAUGCGUCAAAGACAUUCUUUGAUGAAACGAAGAACAGAAGAAUCCUUUGGGGUUGGGCUAAUGAAUCUGAUAGUGCUGUGGAAGAUACCUUGAAGGGUUGGGCCGGUGUUCAGCUUAUCCCAAGAACGGUCUUGCUUCACUCUAGUGGUAAGCAACUCGUGUUUUGGCCUAUUGAAGAAAUUGAGUCGUUGAGAGGAAAGAAUGUUCAAAUGAACAACCAGAAAAUAGAAAUGGGUCAACGCUUUGAGGUUCAAGGGAUCACCCCGGCCCAGGUUGAUGUGGAUGUGACAUUCAACGUUGGAAGUCUAGACAAGGCAGAAACAUUUGACGCGAGUUUUGCAACAAAACCACUAGAUUUAUGUAAUUUGAAGGGUUCAAAUGUGACUGGUGGGGUUGGACCUUUUGGUCUGAUCACCUUGGCUACAUCUGACCUACAAGAAUACACUCCCGUCUUCUUCAGAGUCUUCAAAGAUGCCACAACCAACAAGCCUAAGGUCCUCAUGUGCUCUGAUGCCAAGCCUUCAACUCUCAAAGGAGACACCGGCACUGACUCCACGGAGAAGAUGUACAAACCCUCGUUUGCUGGUUUUGUCGAUGUUGAUCUCGCCGACGGAAAGAUAUCUCUAAGGAGUUUGAUUGAUCACUCGGUCGUGGAAAGCUUUGGAGCAAAAGGAAAGACAGUGAUAACAUCUCGAGUGUAUCCUACCAAAGCUGUAGGUGAAAACGCUCAUUUGUUUGUCUUCAACAAUGGGUCACAGCCUGUGACUGUUGAGAGCCUCAACGCAUGGAACAUGCAGAAGCCCGAGAAAAUGAACCAAGGAGCUAAAUGAUCACAUUCUUUUUAUUGUUUUCUUUAAUUAAUAAAAUUCAUUUAUUUUUUAUAAGAAAGAGAGAGCCUGUGACAAAUAUUAUAGAGAAGAGACUAAUUGUGUUUCUUCUCUGUGAUUCACUUGUACAUAGUCCAUUGCUUAUAUGGACUAGAAAUCUCAAUAAAAUCACUAUUUAUAAAA